UAAUUGUUGAUCAGCUGUCAUGUUGCUGAGUGCCUGUAUGUGCAGCCGAAUAUGCGCAUUAUUUGCACAUGCCUGCGUUAGCUGUAACAGAGUGUUACAGUAUGUAUGUGGUUUACAUGCUUACUGAAAGCCCUGACUGAAACCCCACCGCACGCCACUGAUUAGUAAAAAUGUGUGUACAUAAUGAAUUUUACUUUGAAUACAAGCGUGUGUGUGCAUUAAUACGGUCUGGGUUAUGCUCAGUUCACUGGGAUAUUUACUUUUAAAACGUGACGUCAGUGACGUCAGAGACAGAUGUUUUGGCGCUACUGUGGUAUCUAUAGUAACGCUGAUGUUAUUAUUUGAAAAUGAUAGAAGAAGAAGUUAUCUGAGCAUCAACUCAAAGCGCGACUUGAGCAGAGAAAGUGAUCAUCGAAACUCCGUCCGCUAAGUUUAAUUAAAAAAUGAGAAUAACUUCUCUGGAACGUUUGGCACCAGAGGAUAGAGGCAACUACCUGCCUGAAGGGGAAAACAUCUCUUUUCCUGGCCCUCUGAUGAGCAGUAAGACCCAGAAGGAGGAUGUGAUGCGGUUUAUCCAGAGAAAAUCCCAGGAGUGCCUACAGCAUGUGGAGGAACCCAACCAAAAGGAAGCUUAUUUCUUCUGGAAGCUUAUGGAGCUGCGUUGCAACCAAAAUGGAAACACACUGCUGGCUGAAGUCGCUGUGCUCCUGUUUAAGAACUACAGACUUCUGAAGAAACUGCUAGGGGUUAACAAUCAAGAUAGCUGGUGUCUUCCGCUGGCGAAACUUUUAUGCUCUGACAACCCAAAAGACCAGAUACUGAAUGAUGUGAUUCAAAUGGGACAGGACCUUGACUCCAAAGGACUGACCCAUGCUGCACAGCUGUGUUACAUAGUUGCAAUGGAGGAGCUGCAGAUUUUAGAGAGAUCCAGCUUCGAGCUCAUUGGCUGUGACAGACUGGGAAUCAGCCAAUCAGCCAUGAGGGAAGCGAUUGAAAAAACUGAGGUAUACGAAUACGUAUGUUGGCUGACCACAGGGUUCUCCCAGCCAAACUUCCAGAGCUUCAAGUCCUAUCACGCCAUCAGGCUAUUUGAGUUUGGCCUUUUCGACCAAGCCUUUGAGUACUGCAAGACCAUCGCUACAGCAAUCGCUUCCUUUCCACAAGAAAUCUCAAAGACCACGAUGAAACUGACCAUUGCGCUUUCAGAGACGCUACACCAAGGGAAGGGAAAAGAACCAGAGUGGCUGCUAAAUCUUCGUCAACUGUACGCAGAUAAAGUGUUUAUGCCGAUGACCCCAGAAGGUAGCCUAAUGUAUAGUGUGGUGUUCAAUCUCCAGCGUCCACGUGAGGAAUGCCAUGAUAAAACCUGGGAGGUGUUUGAGUCCCAGUACACUACUGGAGAGCUGCUGGGUAAAGGAGGCUACGGGAGUGUCCGUGCAGGAGUCCGUAAGGCAGACGGUAAACAGGUUGCCAUUAAACAUGUGGGCAAGACGACGAAUGACGUUUUCAUCACCAUUCCUGGAGAGACACACAGCCUUCCUCUGGAGGUUGCACUGAUGGAAAUGGUGUCCAAGCCAUCUCGAUGUGAGAAAGUGUUGGAGCUGUUCGAGUGGUUCGACACGUCAGACAGCUACAUCUUGGUUUUGGAGAGACCCAGCCCCUGCACAGACCUCCGUCAGUUCCUGAAUGGUCACAAUUGUCGACUGUCAGAAACACUGGUGAAACAAAUCAUGCGUCAGUUGGUACAGGCUGCUCGCCAUUGCAAUGAGCAUGGUGUCCUGCACCGUGACAUCAAGGCAGAGAAUAUUCUCAUCAACACAGAAACACUGGAGCUAAAGCUGAUAGACUUUGGCUGUGGGUGUUUGCUGCAGGACACCCCCUACAAAUGUUUUGCAGGAACUUGGGCGUACUGCCCACCUGAGUGGUUAUGUGAGGAACUAUAUUUGGGUGUUCCUGCUACCAUCUGGAGCCUGGGAGUUGUUCUGUUUGACAUGGUGUGUGGACACCUGCCCUUCAGUUGUGAGGAUGACAUCAUUGACCGGAACAUGCGAAUCGCUUCCGGCUUGUCUCAAGGUUGCCGUGAUCUGAUCUUGUGGUGUCUACACAGACAUCCUUACGUUCGUCCCACGUUCGAGGAAAUCCUCAGCCACGAAUGGUUUGAGGAACCUCAGAAGGAAGUCAAGGACCAGCUUCCUCUUCUGGAGAGCCAAAUUACACCAUGGGAGGUGUUUGAGUCACUGUACACUCCUGGAGAUAUGUUGGGUGAAGGAGGCUACGGGACAGUCUGUGCAGGAUAUCGUAAUGCGGAUGGCAAGCAGGUUGCAAUUAAAUACGUGAGAAAAAGUCCGGACAAUGACUUCAUCACCAUUUUUGGAGAGACACGCAGCCUUGAUUGGUUUGAGAUGUCCAACUGCUACAUCUCGGUCCUGGAGCGACCACGUCCCUGCACGGUUGUCCAGAAAUAACACCAAUAACAUUAACAUUAAUAACAUUAUUGAUUCCACAGUAGCGCCAAAACAUCUCUCACUGACAAAGUCAAUUGUUGUCAAAUGUUUUUUUACAGACAGAAAAAUCAAAUAUUAUAAAGUCAAUCUUA